CCCGCCGGCCCGCCUAAGCACUUCUUCUAUUCAUCCUUUUCUCAUUUUUCCUUUCCCUUCUUCAGCGCCGGCGCCGAGCACCCCACCUCCAGCAGCGCCCUUCCUCAUCCUUUUCAGUACACCGGACCACCGAGGCCGGCGCGUGGCUUGUCUUGUUCCUCUACUGUCUCCCCGUCUCCGCCGUCAUUGCUCCGCUUCCGGCGACCUCAGGGAAUAAAAGUCAAUUGGAUUACAACUUGUUUGGAGCUUGAUUUAAGUUCAAAAAUGGGAAAACAACAAUUUCAGAGAAGGACAGGUAUGAAGAGACGAAACAACAAAGAGCCAUUUUGGCAGAACAAGCGCGUCGUUAGUGACAAGAAGAUGGAAGAAGACCCACUCUUUAAUGGUUCAGAUGAUCAAUCCAAUGGGAAGUUAGAGAAAGAAAAUGGAAUCAGACAUGAAGUAAUGAUUCAUAAAGAGCCAACGAUGUAUGAUAAUUUGUUGAGGUCAUUGAGUAGGAAAAAAGUGGUUACAGCUGGUUCAGAAGAGGAUUCAGAUGAUCAAGAGAAACAUGAUGGAAAUGAAGAGAGUACAGAAGAAAGUGAUGGUGAGCCUUCAAUACCUGAUCACCAAGAAAAUGACUUGGGAGAUGAUGCCGAUUCUGAGGCAUCAGAUAUAGAUGAAGAAGAUGAUGUUGUUGGAACAUUAUCAAACACAAGCACCUUUCACAAACAUUUGGGAUACAAGUUGUCCCAGGAAGAGGUUAACAAGCUGUUGGAAAAAAAGUGGACUUACAAAUGGGAGUCGGAGGAGUCAAAUUGCAAGUGGAGGGGUACGGGUGAAAACUUUCUGAAGGAACUAGAUGUGAAUUCAUGUUAUGGUCUAAAAUCAGCAUUGUAUAAACAUUGGUUGGACACUUACAAGGAGUCUGGAAGCCAGGAUUUCAAUUCAUCCAAGCAGAGAUCAUUCUUCUCCAUUUGCAACAGCUAUCGAGACAUAUUGCAUCAUAACAAGAAGCCAUUCUAUCUCAAAGGCCGGGAAGAGGAUGCCAGCAUCAUGGAUGCAUAUGUUGUGCACUCGCUUAAUCAUGUAUUCUUGACUAGGGAUCUUGUGAAGAAGAACAAAGCAAAACUGACUAAGGCACAGGGGAACAUGCAAAGGGAUGUUGUGAACAGUGAUGCCUUUCUUGACCACGGGUUUACUCGUCCUAAGGUUUUGAUUCUUUUGCCAUAUGCAAGCAUUGCACUUCGAGUAGUUCGAAGGUUGAUCGAGUUAACACCUCCAAAGUACAAGACUAAGAUAGAAGAGCUUGAGCGCUUUUUGCGACAGUUUGAAAGUGCUGCAACUAAUGAGGAAGAUGAAGAUAUAAAGACAUCUAAACCUUCUGAUCACAAAGCAUUGUUUGGAGGAAAAAACAACGACGACUUCAUGCUAGGGAUAAAGUUUAACAGGAGGAGUAUACGAUUAUACGGUGAUUUCUAUUCUUCGGAUAUAAUUAUUGCAUCUCCUCUUGCUUUAGUCCUUAAAAUCGGGGAGAGUGAAAAGAUUAAAGAAAAAGAUAUUGAUUAUCUUUCUUCUAUAGAGGUUCUAAUUAUUGAUCAUGCAGAUAUUAUGGUAAUGCAGAAUUGGUCCCACGUGGCUGACGUGGUUAAGAAACUGAACACCAUACCUUUUCAGCAGCAUGGAACAGAUAUUAUGCGCAUAAGACAAUGGUACUUGGACGGACAUGCACAAUUCUAUAGACAAACUAUGAUAUUAAGUUCACAUGAGAACCAAGACAUCAAUGCUUUAUUCAACCAUCAUUGCCUCAACUAUGAGGGAAAGAUUAAAUUGGUUUGCAACUAUAAGGGCGUUCUUCCUAAAAUAGUGCUUCAAGUACGCCAGGUUUAUCUACGUUUUCAUGCUGAGACAAUAGUUGGUGCAGAAGAUGCUCGUUUUGAAUAUUUCACUAAUAAGGUGUUUCCUAAGAUUAAGGAUUCAAUACAGGGUGGCACCAUGAUAUUCAUCAGUUCUUACUUUGACUAUGUCCGAGUUAGAAAUUUUUUGAGGGCGCAAGAGGCAUCCUUUUGUUUGCUGGGAGAUUAUGCAAAACCGAGUGAUACAUCUCGUGCCCGUAAUUGGUUCUUUUCCGGACAGCGGAAAAUCAUACUUUACACUGAGAGAGCACACUUCUAUCACCGAUACAAGAUCCGUGGCAUUCAAAACUUGAUCAUCUAUUCUCUUCCAGAGAGGAAGGAAUUCUACCCCGAGAUUGUUAACAUGCUGCAAGGAACAGAUUGCACAGUUCUGUUUUCUCGCCUUGACAUGCUUCAAUUGGGAAGAAUUGUUGGCUCUUCUGCGGCGAAACGGAUGAUCUCUUCGGUGGAGGGCACAUUUGUCUAUGUUUAGAAGUUGUAUGCUCAUAGAGCAUGAAGAAAAAUGGAUUGUCCCCUAAAUUUUGGGUAGUGUUUGGUUAGUUAUUUUGAAUUUAUUCCUAGUGUGUUUGACAAUUUGUCUUGGUUAUUAUGGGAACACACCAAUUGCAACACUUUGGGUGCAAUUCAUUAUGUAUUUGUCAUUAGUAAGUAAAAGAAUACUUAUGGU